GCCCCAUCGGCGCUCUAGCCGGGCACCAGCCCUCUUUUCCCGGCUCCUGGCUGAGGUGUAGCGGGGUUCGCCGGCCCAGCUGCGGCGCAGCCUCCUCCUCUGUGCGUUCCUCGGGGGUUGGCGUGGGCGUCGGGGGAGCCGGGAUACAGUAUUUAAUGAAAAAUCCAUGCUUAAGGGGUGAAAAUGGCAGGCUUCCUAGAUAAUUUCCGUUGGCCAGAAUGUGAAUGUAUUGACUGGAGUGAGAGAAGAAAUGCUGUGGCUUCUGUGGUAGCAGGUAUAUUGCAUCCACUAGGACAUUCAAUUAAAAGGAUAAAUGCUGUGUCCAAUGCUCAGGUGAGAGGUGACAGCUACGAAAGCGGCUGUUUAGGAAGAACAGGUGCUCGGGUUUGGCUCUUCAUUGGUUUCAUGUUGAUGUUUGGGUCACUUAUUGCUUCCAUGUGGAUCCUUUUUGGUGCAUAUGUUACCCAAAAUAUUGAUGUUUAUCCAGGACUAGCUGUGUUUUUUCAAAAUGCACUUAUAUUUUUUAGCACUCUGAUCUACAAAUUUGGAAGAACCGAAGAACUAUGGACCUGAGAUCACUUCUUAAAUCACAUUUUCCUUUUGUUAUAUUCUAUUUGUAGAUAAGUUUUUAUCUUUCAAUAUAGUUUACACAUUGCCAAACGGAGUAGAUUGUACAUUAAAUGUUGUGUUUCUUUACACUUUUAUGCUCUGAGUUUUGAAAUAGUUUUAUGAAAUUUGUCCUCUUUUUAAAUGAAUAGAUUGUUAAUAUGUACAUACUAUACGACUAUGGAGAUGGGACGGUGAGUAUCAGUCUUUUAUUCCUGAAGACUGAAAGCUUGAUCUGUUUCCUGAACCCUGGUUGUAUCAUCAUGUCAUUUUGGAGUUAACUCCUUUGUUUCAAUAUCUCUGAUUUCCGAAGAUGUAUGAAAAACACAGCUCCAUGAAUCUGAAAUAAGCACUGAGCCAUUAAAAAAGGGCAUUUCAGCAAGUUGUAAUUUAUUUUGGCUUAAAAAUGAGAUUUUUUUUAAAGGAAAAAUGUUCUUGUGUAUUAAAGAAGUGGACUUUUAUAUGAAGAUUUUAUAAAUGCCUGAUGGACUAGUUUGAAAGCCUCUUUUAAAAACAAUUCCUUUAAUAUGACUUUAUUUGAGACGGGAUAAUACACAAUCAGAUAAGCUCAGUUUUACAUGGCUAAUGUAGGAAGACCAUAAGGCAGCUAGCUCGGCAACAUGCUUCUUACAAAAGCAGCUUAAAUGAUCUGUCUACUGGGGUUUUCCUCAUUUGACAGCCUACCAUUAUCUGACAUUACAAAAUUCAACAUCAAGCAAGUUUGAGACAACUGCAGUUUAAAAGCAUUGAACCAUGUAACAAAAGGUGGAAUAAUUGGUUUCCAGAUAAAGCACUUCUUCCCAAAAGGAAUUAUUAUGACCUAGUGAAAAAUUAGGCAUUUCAUCCUCUUAGUUACCAACUGCAAGUCUCUUUUUGCUCCAGCUCUCCAUGUCUGGGUGAACUUUCCUUGCAGAAUAUAUCUUUAACCUGAAAGUUCAUAGUCCAGUCAAAAACUUCAUUUGCUGAAUUCAAAAACUGUAUUUGCACUGUGUAUAUUCCUACCAGAGAUUUCAAAUGGAUAGUUGAGUCUUUAUUGCUAUUGUUGCUUUCCUUUGUUAUACAGGUUUUUGCACUUUUUUCCUCCAGAGGGAUUUUAUAGCCUUUUGUUGUGAGACAAUAAUUUCAAGGGUAUCAUAUGCAGCUUCUAAUGCAAGCCUUAUUUACGUCUCUGAGAGGAUUUACUGUGGAGUAUGAGGCAGUGGUGGAACGCUGUGCCUUUGUCUAGAUACCAUCUUAUUUAAUUCUUUCUUUGUUGUUUUUCCCUUAAAAUGUCAGUAAACUUUGUCUUGCUUCCAACAAAUUGUAAGACUAAAUACUUGUUUCCAUUCUGUUGUAACCUGUUGCAAUAAAUAAUUACUUCUCACACAUUCUGA